CAAGAGUCGCAGCAGGGGAAGAAGCACAAAGAGAGCAGCAGUGAGUCCACCACCGGCAGGAUGAGUGCUACGGCAACAGAGCAAGCUGACAUCCUAACUGUGCUUGUCCUGGUCAAGGAACGAUGGAAAGUGGUAAGUGUGUGUGUGUGUGAGCCUAUGUGUGUGUGUGUGUCACCGUUAAGUUAUGCCAUGUUUUUACCCCCUCAGCAAGCACCAAUUCAACACGACAAGGCUAUCUUUGCUCUCCAAACAUUGCUUAGACUCUCCCCUAUGUCUCCAUCUUCUCCAUCUUCUCCAUCUCACCUGCUGUCCUGGACAGUUUGGGGUCAACUCCCUUUGUGUGCAGUGCACAUGCAGCUUUCUGUCACGAAGUGGAGUGGAACUUAAUAUAGCAGCAGAGUAGCUAUUUGUAGCCACUCAGUGUGCUAUUCCCAGCACUAGGCCUUGGCCCAAUCCCCCCCUGUCCGCUCCACUCCACCAGGGCGUGGUGUGUGUGUGCACUUUUGUGUGUGCUUGAGUGAGGGUGUGUGUGCUUGCGCGUGUGUGUGUGCUUGCACAAGUGUGUGUGUGCCCGUGUCUCCCAGCCAUCACAGAGCCACCAGGGACAGGGUGCCAUGUGAGGUUAGUGUAGCUGGGACUGCGCCUGGGAGGAGUACUAGGCAGUAACAAAGUACAGCGCCAUGGCUCCACUUCCUGUGUAUAGUACUGACUGAGGGGCUGAUGUUACGUAACUCUGCCACUGCUAAUCCAUUUGAGAUGAGCUGCUUCUGUCACACAUGAUUGUGUGUGUGUGUGUGUAGGGGGUGGGGAAAGUGUGUGUUCAUGUGUGUGUGUGUAUGUGUGUAUACUGAUAAGAGAGGGAGAAACAUGUAAAUGUGUCUGUGGUAAUGGGCAGGGGAAGUUGGGAAGAGGAAGGGUGAUGGGAAGAUUGAAAAAUCAAGUAAUGAAGCCUAUGUUUUCCACAUUAUCACAUGAUGUAUUGCCUUGGGAUAUGUGUGUAGGCAAAGAAGAUUGGUGGCGGUGGCUUCGGGGAGAUCUAUGAGGCGUUGGACCUGCUGACCAGGGUCAGUGUUGCUCUGAAGGUGGAGUCAGCACAGCAGCCCAAACAGGUCCUCAAGAUGGAGGUGGCCGUCCUCAAGAAACUCCAGGGUAAGACAGCAAUUACCUGCACUUAACCUGCCCUCUGGCUUCUGCCCCUUGCCCACUCUACCCUAAACUCUACUCAACACACCCCUGCCCACUCAACCACACCCCUCCCAAACAACUCUCCACAAACCCCCUGCCCUACACUAAACUCAACCACAACCCCCUGCCCUAAACUCAACCACAACCCCCUGCCCUAAACUCAACCACAACCCCCUGCCCUAAACUCAACCACAACCCCCUGCCCUAAACUCAACCACAACCCCCUGCCCUAAACUCAACCACAACCCCCUGCCCUAAACUCAACCACAACCCCCUGCCCUAAACUCAACCACAACCCCCUGUCCUAACCUCAACCACAAACUCCCUGCCCAAAACUCAACCACCUCUGCCCUAAACUCAACCUGCCCUACAACAACCCCCGACCUAAAUAACCACAAGUAAACUCAACCAAUGUAAACUCAAGAAAUGCCUAAUUUCAAAACAUGCCUAAACUUCAACCCAACCUGCCUAAACUCAACAAAAUGCCUAAAUGAAAGAACGAAACAACAAGGAAGAGUGCGCUACAGGACACAACUGUAAAAACACACUACUGUCUAACUAACAAACCCUAUGCCUACUUCAACAUCAAACUCCCUAAUAACAAUCCCUGCCUUCAAACAAGGCCAAGACAACACGCCAAACUACGAAGACCCAUGUCUGGCACUCACCACACUCCCUCUCCUAACUCAACCACAACCCCUCUGCUCUCACUGUAACCACAACUCCUGUCUAUCCUCAACCACCCUCCUUCCUGCCCUAACUCACCUCGCGUUUCCUGACCCAAAAUCAAUGGUCAAGUAGACAUUCAACCUAAUGUAAUCUCAAGAAAUUGAAUUUAUAUUUUCUUAAAGGUACAUGCUCUAUUUUAUAAGGCAAGGGGAUACUGACACUGAAGGGUAAUAGAGAGAGAUGGAGAGAGAGAAAACAAGGAAGUGAUGGGAGGUGGGCUACAGGGCACAGAGUGUAAAAGGGCAUCACUACUGGUGUGUAUAGUAAGACCCUAGCCUGACUUCAAAUCAAACUCCCGAUAAAGUCCUCCUUCAUAGCAGGCAGAGGAUCAACAGACCAAUUAGGAGAGGAGUUCAUUUGGGGGGCAUUUUGUUUUCUUUUUCUUUCUUCCUCUCUCUCUCUCCUCCCUGCCCUUCUCCCCUCUCGCUGUCUUUCUGUUUCUCUCUCUGCUCUCUUUUUUCUUCUCCUUGUUUUCCCUCUCUUCCUUCUUCCUGCCCUUUUCCCGUCUGUCAGUUUUUUUUCUCUCGAUCCCGAAAAUCGAUGGUCUGGGAAGGAUCAUGUUUGCUUUCUAAUGGUUGUGUGUGAGUAUGUGUGUGUGUGUGUGUGUGUGUGUGUGUCUAAUGGUUGUGUGCUAGAGGAUUGUGGUUCUAUAGCAUCCUGAGGGAAAGAGGAUGUAACUUGAAACGUGCUCAACUCUUCCCAUCCUCCCAUCCCCCAACAUGUCUCUUCUAGCCUCUUUUUCUCAACAGACAUCGACUGAAAGGCUUAAAAUAAGCCUUUGUAGAUUAUCUUAGGGGAGAAAAAACAUGUAUGGUAAGCCUAUCCCCACUCACACUUCUCAAGUAUUUGCAUGCCGUCAAAUAUAAUGAUGCUGGGAAUGAGAGGAGGAAAAGGACGAGGGAUAGGGAAGAUGUGGUCGAGAAUGUAGUGAGAGAUUGAGUGUAUGGGAGAGUAGAGAGGAAGAGUGGGGUCUCUCCCUGUGCUGAAGGGUGUGGCCGGAGUCUGGCUUUGCAGCAGGGUCCCCUGAGAUGAGCACACACACACCAUAAAUCAGCAUGGGCCACAGGCAAGCUGUCAGAGGCGAGCUGUGGGCUGGAUGGGGCGUGGGGGGGAGGGUCUGUGGAGCACAGUGGCUGGCCAGUAGAAAUAUACACAUGCUGUAUCAAUUUAUGAGAUUAGAUAAUGAGAUUAGAUUAUGCUGUAUCAUUUUAUCAAAUCUAUUCUAUUCCAUUUUAAUUGUAUUCUAUUCUCCCCCAGGUAAAGACCACGUGUGUCGCUUUGUUGGGUGCGGCCGCAAUGAUCGCUUCAACUACGUGGUGAUGGAGCUUCAGGGUCGUAACCUGGCCGACCUGCGGAGGAGUAUGACGCGGGGCACGUUUACAAUCAGCACCAUCCUGAGACUGGGCAGACAGAUACUAGAAGCUAUAGAGAGCAUCCAUUCUGUUGGCUUCCUGCACCGAGACAUCAAACCGGUGAGACAGAGUGUCAGAGGUGUGUGUGUGUGUGUGGGGGUAGGGCUGUUGCGGUGACCGUAUUAACGCCACACUGGCAGUCAUGAGUCAUGACCGCAGUAAAAUUCUAGGUGACUGUUGAGUCACGGUAAUCUCCUUUUAUGCACUCUGGACAUGCGUUGGUAGUACCUAACUCGCUAACGACCAUCAGGUCGCUAAUGGUCUGGUACUCAGGGCUCUAUGAUCCCUCUAAUCACUCUGACAUCAAUGCAAUUGCAAUUGAAAAUCACAUCAAACACUUAUCAUCAAAACAGUAUGUGCUUUUAAAAUUCACCUCAAUGUGAUUGAUCAAUUUGAAGAAAGAAGUUCAACAACAGGUUGAAACUGAGUGGAAAACAUGGUCGUUGUGGAUGUUAUUUCAAAGCCUAACACAAGGAAAUGGACAUAGCUUUCUAAGGUGAUGAUUAAUUCAAAACACCCAUAUGCAUAUUAGAGCUUAUGCAUACGCAAUAUGCAUAAGCCUACUGUAUAUAUGAGCCCAAGCCCGUAGAAAACCCUGAAUUAAAAUAAUGAUUGUGCCGUUAUACAAUACAUAGCCUACCGCAUAUUACACAUGGCAGAAAAACAUACAUAAAAUACUGAUUUAAGAUGUCUUUGGUACAUAAUUGGUCUAGCCUAAAUAAACAAAUUCAGUUAGCCUACAAUUAUAGUUAAUUUGAGUUUGAAUAGCCUAAUAAUAGGGCAUUUUUUAUAUUUUCAUAAUUAAUAGGCUGACACAUUACCUUUAGAUACAGAAUAUCUCACCACCGUGCAUUCCAUCUCCACCUCUCUCUCCUUCAUUCCUUUCUCCAGCUCACAGAGAGAAGGGCUGUCAACAGUUUAAUGAAAUAUGUUUCUUGUGAAAACAUGUUGCAUUUUGAUGUUCCCAAACAGAUUUUACUUGGUUUCCCAAAUCAAGCACUACGUAGCUGCAGGAACAGGGUUGGAGAGCCCAUGGCAUACAGAGUUUGGGCGGAAUAUCACCUGUCGCAUGGCGAAAUAAGCGGAGUAGCCUACCUACCUGACAUGAGUGAAAAAUGAACCGGCGGGAAAGUGGCCUCCAUUCGCUAUAGGAGCGCAUACGGAUGACGUCUUUUUUCUCUUUUCCCUGUUCCUGCCCAUUUGAUAAUGGACCAUUCUAAAUCCAAACUAAUGUUACAUAUUAGUAAAGAAAAUAUUUAAUUGAGAAUAGUCUGAUGGGUGAGAAUAUUUUGACUUGAUGAGAGAACAGCGUGUGCAGCCUGAGGCAAGGAACAGAGCUCAAGCUUUUUUUGCUACUUUCUCAAAUCAUCAAUAGCAUAAUAUAAUAUAAUAUAAUAUGCCAUUUAGCAGACGCUUUUAUCCAAAGCGACUUACAGUCAUGCGUGCAUACAUUUUUGUGUAUGGGUGGUCCCGGGGAUCGAACCCACUACCUUAGCGUUACAAGCACCAUGCUCUACCAGCUGAGCUACAGAGGACCUGUUUCAUGCAGCCCAUAUAUGUUUUGAUUUCUAAGACAUUCUAAGAUUUGUAUCAUUCACAACUAAAGUAGCCAAAUAACUCUAAAUCUAGUAUAUAGGACCUGUUUAAAAUGAUCACUUUUACACUCAACAUAGCCACUUCAUAUGCACACUCGCUCCGGAAUGGGAAAAAUAUCCUUUCUAUUUUAUUCAGCUAAGUUCAAUUAUAUUCUUCUUACUAUAAAAUCAUAGAAUAUAAAAUAAUGCCACGGGACUUAUAAGCAUAUCUAGUCUGCUAAAUGAACAAGCCAGAUAACAUACAGUAGACCAACUCAUAUUCUGUUCUUCUGAAAUACAUUUUCUUCAUAUCAUAAUGUUUCUUUAGACCUGCCUAAAAUAUUUAUUGUGAUAGUGUAUAUUCAAUUGAUUUAUUAGACUGUAGAUGUUCCAAAUGCGCUCAUCAGUGGCUCAUAUGCGGCUUGUAUGUGUGGAGGCCUGGAGAUGCUAAAGGUGUUUAUGUUAAUUAAUACCAUGAGACCUGCAGUCUUUUGCAUGACAAUAACCGGCUGCCAAAAUGCCAUGACCGCCAUAGCCCUAUGAGGAGGUAUGACUUUUUGGAAAGAAGAGAUGUAUUUCUGUGAUAGUGAAGAGAAUCAGAUGAUAGUUGUUAUUUAAGUCCUUUCUCUCUCUUUCUUGAUCUCUAUCUCACUACCUUCUUCUUUCCCCUUCUCUCUCCUAGUCCAACUUUGCCAUGGGCCGUUUUCCCAGUACCUGUAGGACCUGCUACAUGCUGGACUUUGGUCUAGCGCGCCAGUUUACAAACUCCUGCCAAGAGGUCCGACCGGUAAGUGUCUGUGGUGUUGAGUGUGGUUAGACAAUGUGGGCCAGUUUCCCGGACACAGAUUAAGUGCAGUGCUAGACUAAAAAGCAUGCUUAAUGGAGAAUCUCAAUUGAAAUAGUUUCUUUAGUCCAGGACUAGGUUUCUAUCAAUGUCCGGGAAACUGGCUGUCUGUUUGUUGAAUGUGUGCUAUUGUCAUGUAAGGUUCCUACUAUGUUAGUCGUCCAGCAGCUUGUGAAGUCUCUCUUUCUCCCCCAGCCACGACCAGUAGCAGGGUUCAGAGGUACAGUCCGCUACGCGUCCGUCAACGCACACAAGAACAAGGAGAUGGGUCGGCAUGACGACCUGUGGUCUCUCUUCUACAUGCUGGUAGAGUUCAUGGUUGGCCAGUUGCCAUGGAGAAAGAUCAAAGACAAGGUAAGCGUCUAGCUUGAACAUUCCUUCCUGUACACCAACCAAUCAGCGGUCUCUACUGGAAUAAUAGUCAAGAUACAGACAUACAUGACUCGGAAUGGUAAUGUUAGCUUUAGCUAACACUAACUCAUGUCACAGCUCUGACAUCACUGCAUAUGAAUGUACUCAUGCACCUGUGUGCAUAGAUAAAAAUCGUUUCAUUGUAACAUGUGUGAACCCUCCCCAGGAGCAUGUAGGGAAGCUGAAGGACACCUAUGACCACAGGCUCAUGCUGAAACAUCUGCCUGCUGAGUUCACUGUCUUCCUGGAUCACAUCUCUAACCUGGACUACUUCACCAAACCAGACUAUCAGGUAACUGUGUGUGUGUGUGUGUGUGUGUGUGUGUGUGUGUGUGUGUGUGUGUGUGUGUGUGUGUGUGUGUGUGUGUGUGUGUGUGGGUGGGUGGUUGGGUGGGCGGGUGGUAACAUGACAUAUCGUUCUCCCUUAACCUACUGCAUGUGUGUGUAUACAGUAUCUGUAUCUUUUAACUGUUAGAACUAAGCACUGUGUUAGCUCCCUGUGUCAAUAUACAGUAAGUCACAGUCAAUAUUUGUCUACACUGAGUGUACAAAACAUUAAGAACACCUGCUCUUUCCAUGACAUAGACUGACCAGGUGAAUCCAGGUGAAAGCUAUGAUCUCUUAUAGAUGUCACUUGUUAAAUCCACUUCAAUCAGUGUAGAUGAAUGGGAGGAGACAGGUUAAAGGAUUUUUAAGCCUUGAGACAAUUGAGACAUGGAUUGUAUAUGUGCGCCAUUCAGAGGUGCCUUUGAACGGGGUAUGGUAGUAGGUGCAAGGCGCACUGGUUUAUGUCAAGAACUGCAAUGCUGCUGGGUUUUUCACGCUCAACAGUUUCCUGUGUGUAUCAGGAAUGUUCCACCACCCAAAGGACAUCCGGUCAACUUGAUACAACUGUGCCAGCAUCCCUGUGGGGUGCGCAACUCAAUAUUAGGAAAGUGUUUCUAAUGUUUGGUAUACUCAGUGUCUUUUUGCAGAAAGACUGAUUGCCUACAUAAUCUUGGAUUGUCUUCAAAAUGUCAUAGCAAUGAUUGCCAAUGUCUGAUCCCUCUAGUUGGAGUACCAAGUAUCAGUCAGCCAGUCAGUCAGUGAUGUUGUACAAGCCCUUAGGUAUCUCAGGAUAUGACAUCAUGUGACUUUCUGUUGUGUUGUAGCUGCUGAUGUCAGUAUUUGACAACAGUAUGAAGACCUACAACGUGGUGGAGAAUGACCCGUAUGACUGGGAGAGGACUGGGUCUGAUGGCACUCUGAGCAUCAACGCUACAGCCACCACACCGCAGCACCACACACGCCUCACGCCUGCACACAUGGGGUAAAAGACUGGGAAUCAUGGAUUAGCUGUUUGAAGGUCUGCUGAGGGUUUAGGGGUUUCUUGUCUCUUUCACAAUCGCAUACUGGUUCUAAAAAAACGUAAACUUGUUUACAGAAUUCAUUAAUUCAUUCAUCUACCUGUUGAAUGAAUGCAUAAAUGAAUGGAUGAAUCUACCUGUUGCUGUCAGUUAGUGACACCGGAGUAACAUCUACUCUAUGAUUCCAGAAUGGCGAAUGCGUCCCUGGUUCCUGGGGACCUGGCGAGGGAGAACACAGACGACGUGCUGCAGGACGAGCAGCUCAGUGACAAUGGGGAGAACAACCCUCCUCCAGACCGUCUCCCUGGAUCCCCCAGCAUGCCCCGGGCCAACCAGGAAGCUGACGUUUGGGAGAUGCUGGACCGCGACCGCAACCGCAUCAGGACAGCUGUCUGGAAGGUAUGCACAAACACAUAAGAACACACCCACACACACGCACACACACACACACACACACACACACACACACACACACACACACACACACACACACACACACACACACACACACACACACACACACACACACACACACACACACUCACACACACUCACACACAUACACACACACACUCUCACACACACACACACACACACACAUACAAACACACACGUAUACACACACCCAUAUCCCUUACCACUCCAUCCCCUGGUUUCCUCCCCACCAGGCAGCCACAGAGGAGGAGCACAGCAACAACCAGGGGGGUCCCCAGAGCCCAUACGCCAACCCCAGUCUGGGCUCUCCUGUUCGGGUACACUCUGAGAUGGUGGGGGCCUCAGGGCAGGACGGUGGUGGUCCUCUGCUCAGGAAGCUUCGUAACAUCCACAGCUUUGAGCUGGACAGGAGGUUGACCCUAGAGGCCAAGCCCAGCCCAGAACGCUUCCUGGAGGCAUGGUCAGUACCCUUACUAACCCCCUGUACCGCUAUACUUCCACACUAUUACUAACAACCAGGAAUGGGACUUUGCUGAGAAAUAAAUAUAGUAGCAGUAGAAAUCUGGAAUCCUCCUCUUUUUAGUUGCUACCAUCAAAACUCUGCUUUCACACGGGAUUGCAUAUAGAAAUGUCUGGGCUCAUAAGAACACUUAUUUCACUCCACGCAUCACUGCUUGAGGAGCAGCCUCUCACUGCGCGACAGGUGAUAUUCCUCCUAAACUCUGUAUGCCAUUGACUCUCCAACCCAGCUCCUGUAGCUACCUAGUGCUUCAUUUGGGAAACUAAGUGAAAUCUGUUCAGGAACAUAGUAGUAACAUGUUUUCACAACGAAACAUAUUUUAUUAACCUGUUGACAGCCCCUCUAUCUCUACGCGCUCGAGAAAGGAAUGAACAAAUUCACUAUAAUUGUAGGCUAACUACUCUGUAAGCUGCCCUUCGCAAUCAGUGAACCAACAGCAUCACCUAGGCCUAUACGUUCUCUCCCAGACUCAUGGAUAGAACAUUUGGAGCGUAGCAUAAGGUAACCAGUCCAUCCAGUAUGCAUAAUAAUACAGUCCAGACUCAAAGGUGAUUACCAGAGUUUUGUUGAUUUUUGUAUAUUAGGCUAUUGUAUAACAGCACAAUCAUUAUUUUAAUUCAGGCUUUUUUAGAGGAUUGGGCUCAUAUAGGCCUAUGCUUAUGCAGAAAGUCUAAUAUGCAUAUGGGUGUUCUACAUGCAACAUCUUAAAUGCUUUGAAUGAAUCACCACUUUAGUAAGCGUUCAUUUUGUUGUGUUUGGCUUUGAGACAACAUCCACAACGACCAUGUUUUCCACUCGAUUUCAACCUGUUGAACUUCUUUCUUCAAAUUGAUCGAUGACAGUGAGGUCAAACAAUGUAGCCUAACAGUGAGUUUUAAAAGCAUGAUACUGUUUUGAUGAUAAGUGUUUGAUGUGAUUUUCGAUUGUAUUUGCAUUGAUGUCAGAGUGAUUAGAGGGACAACAGAGCGCUGAGUACCAGCCCAUUAGUGACCUGACAGUCGUGAGCGAGUUGGGUACUACCAAUGCAUCAGCGCCAUUCAUGUCAAAGCGCAUAGGAGAUUACCGUUACUUAACGGUCAUGUGGAAUUUGACUGCGGUCAUGACUGCAGGUGUGGAGGUAAUUCAGUCACUGCAACAGCCCUACUCCUGUCCUGUCUUGUCUGAAUGCCCUGACUGUAAGUUGCUCUGCAUAAGAACACCUGCCAAAUGACUAACAUGUUAAUGUCUGUCUGUCUGUCUGUCUGUCUGUCUGUCUGUCUGUCUGUCUGUCUGUCUGUCUGUCUGUCUGUCUGUCUGUCUGUCUGUCUGUCUGUCUGUCUGUCUGUCUGUCUGUCUGUCUGUCUGUCUGUCUGUCUGUCUGUCUCUCUCUCUCUCUCUCUCUCUCUCUCUCUCUCUCUCUCUCUCUCUCCUCUCUCUCUCUCUCUCUCUCUCUCUCUCUCUCUCUCUCUCUCUCUCUCUCUCUUCAGUUCAGUGAAGCAGCAGGGUUGUGGGCAGCAGCAGCAGGAGAAGGGGUCUGAGGUGGGCCAGGGUCUGUCUGUACCCGCUGGUGGUGCCACAGCGCUAGGUCGAGCUGGUGGCUCUGACCGAGUCUGGCACUAUGACGAGGAGUUCAUAUCUGGUGGCGGCACCAACGGUAGCUUGUCCAAACCUGUCUCCCCUCACUCCCCUGGCUCCCUGGAGCAAGGCGAGGGGGCACCCAGCAGCGGAGGCUUCGUGGCCCUCAACCUGAGCUCCGGCAGGGGGGAGGUGGACUCCAGGGAGUGGGUGAUGGUGGAGAGGCCCAGCGAGUCCCCAGGGACAGGGACAGGAACUGGGGCGAAGGCUACGACCAGCCCCUCUGAGGAGGAAGAAGAGGACCUGGAGGUGCUGGAGGUACCCCUGGAGGCAGGGGAGGGGUCAAGGGGGAGUCCAAGUCCUGUUCAGAUCCAUGGGGACAGGGAUGGGAACCUCCAGGGGUCACCAGGGUCCAGGAGAGGACCCCCUAGAGUGGACAGGCUGGAGCUGAGUGUGGGACCCCCUGGAAGCCUGCCCCCCAUCACCCACACUAGCCCUGCUGAGGGCCUGGCUGAGGGAGUACUCACACAGGUAAGGACCUCAUGGACUAGUAUUACACAGUUCACUGGAAAACACUGCACUAUUAUAUGACAUACCUCCCUGUAACACACAUCACUAUUACAUACCUCACACAGGUCAAGACAUAUCAUGUAAUGUACACCGAUAGAGUAAUACAGCUUACACAGAACUAGACACAGUAGGACACUUUAUUCAUCUGGGUCAACAGUAGCAUCUUGCUGUGGUUUGAAGUAGAAUGUGAUUGUGAUCACUUAUGUCAUGUGAGCUUGUUUCUUUGCUUGUGUGAGCUUGAUAAAACGAUGGAUACUCCUCAGACAAUGGUUUUGUUUGAGAGUUGCCGUUGCUAGAAAGGGCACUUUGAUUUGCAUUUGAUAUCAUUAUUUGCUCUUUAUUUACAACUUUCAUUUGCUAUAUUGAUUUAUCUACGCUUGAAUUCCUGUCCUGGGUUGAUCCUUUCUCAAAUGGUGCUAUCUGAAGAAAUAGAUCGCACACUGACUCAUGAGAUUCCUCUAAGGAGACGUUUUAGAUCUCAGGAUUCCUCCCACCUCGCAGCCCACUCCCUCAAAGUUUUAAAUAUAUGCUAUACUCCUCCUUCUUCACCUCCAACCCCACCCCAUUCCGAUCCUCCCUUUCCCCCACUCUCUUCCCUCCCCACCCCAAUCUAUCCUCUUUCCACACCUUUACCUCUUCCCAUUUCUCUCCCCGCACUCUACCUGUCCAAAUCAUCUCUCCUCUUUCACCACCUUCCCUCUCUUUUCACCCUCCCUCUCCCUCUCCCUCUCCCUCUCCCUCUCCCUCUCCCUCUCCCUCUCCCUCUCCCUCUCCCUCUCCCUCUCCCUCUCCCUCUCCCUCCCUCCCCCUUACUCUUAGCUCCCCACCUCUCCUCCGUCCCUGCCUGAGGAGGUGUUGGCCAGGACGUCCAGUCCCCUGCUCCUGCGUUCCCCCAGCCCGCACACCCAGACCCUCCUCACCACCCUGUCGGACCCCCUGCACCAAAGGGACCCUCCUGGGAUGAGGCGCUAUUCAGCCAACCACCACCACCAACAGCACCUCCUCCGUCCCACCUCCUGUUCCUCCUGCCACGCCUCCCUACCUCCACCACCUCCUCACCCCGUUUCUGCCCGUAACCAAUCGCCCACCGGGCGCAGGAAACUGCCCGAGAUCCCGGCGGGCGCCGCCAACAGCAAGUUCCCUUCCGUUAUACGCAUCACACGCGCCCAACUUCAGCAGGUGAUGACCAAGCCGCCCACUUCGCCCUGAGGCCACUAACGAUUCAGUCGUCUCUAUCUUAACCAUAACACACCGCCUACCUUACUCCCUCAGCUAUUAGUUACUUACCGUCAUUUUUUACACUUUUUGUUUGGUUGUUCUCUUUGCUUCCUUUUUGUUUCCUUUUGCUGCUAGUGCGUUUGUUUGGCUGUUGUGUUGUCGUGUUGUCGUCAGGCAGACUGCUCUCUCCAGAGAACAACAGAUCAUUGUGAUGCAGACAGAGCAUGCUCAGAUCAAUGUGUCCUCCGGUCAGGGGAAGGAAUGGGGUCAAUUCUAUUUCAAUUCCUUUUCAAUUCAGUCAUUUCAGAAUGUAAACUGAAAUUGCACUUCCACUUUUCUUCAUUGAAAAGCAAUGAUGAAAAUUGGAAUUGGAAUGUCAGUUUACUUCCUGAAUUGACUGAAUUGAACUAGAAUUGAGACCAACCCUACUCAGGGAGCUUUCUGAUUGUAGUAUAUGUGUGUUUAGAAUGUGGAGCCAUGACUACAGGUUACGUGACAGUGACUUUUGUUUUGGUGAUUGUCUCUGUCUUUUGUCCUUUCCGCUUCUCCUGUUCUCUCUCUCUUUUUUUAAACUCAACCUGACCCCCUCUUUCUUUUACUGACCCUGACCCCUUCUCUCUUUUGUAGUCCCCUGCAUGGUUGUGUAAAUGUUUUUGUUCUUGUUGCAGAGCUGGGUCAAAUACUUGAGUCAAAUACUUGAGGGGUGCAUAAUUUAGCUUUCCAGGUACAAUGGAAUAGUCCCAAAACUCCAAGCUAAAUCAAAUACAUGAUCUAUACUAUUUGACCCAGGUCUUUCUUGUUGCUGGUUUGAUACUGACUAUUGACUUGACUGACAUUGCCUUGCUGUGGCAUGUUAUGAUCUUAAUUGAAUCUUUUCACAUGAUCUCUUACAAUGUUGUCAUUUGGCUCUACAUCUCUCUCUCUCUCUCUCUCUCUCUCUCUCUCUCUCUCUAUCUCUCUCUAUCUCUCUAUCUCUCUCUCUCUCUCUCUCUCUCUCUAUCUCUCUCUCUCUCUCUCUCUCUCUAUCUCUCUCUCUCUCUCUCUCUCUCUCUCUCUCUCUCUCUGUCUGUCUGUCUCUCUCCCUCUACCCAUCUCUCUCUGUAGUUGACAGCUCAGCGGUCCCCGUCAGGCUCAGACAGUGCUCCACAGUGCCUCCAGCUGGAGAGACGAGGUGAAGCAGCAGCUGAGGCCAAUCAGACCCAGGAUAAUACUGCUACCGCUGAUAUCCACUCCUCCCAGGGCCAGGAGCGCCUGCCCACCCCUAACCACACCUUUACCCAGCCUGGCAGCCAGCCCGGCAGUCCCACCACUGUGGAUGACCUCCUGGCAGAUACCUUGGUCAACGGAGGAGACACCCACAUCAACACCCGGACCCAUACCAAAGCCCACAGCCCUGUGCUAAGCCGAAUGUCUUCUCCUCACUCCCCGCAUUCUCCUCACUCUCCCGUUUCUCCUAAUUCUCCCCGUUCUAAUUCUCCACGCUCCCCCCACAGUCCAGUGUUAGGGCUAAUCAACGGCCAUCUCACUCCCCCAGCUUACGGCCAGGGGGAUGGCAGCAGUGGAGCCUUCCCAGAGCUGAAGGACCAUGAGAGUGACCAGCCCCGGUCAGACAGGGGAGAUGGGGUGGAGACCAGUGACCCAGCCCCAGCUCUAACCCCCUCCUCCCUGCCCUCUGCCCCCCGUAGGGACCCCUCCCGCAGGCUGAGCCGUAUCCCUGUCCUGGAACCCUCCAGCCUGCUGGACCUCCUCCCCACCCCUGGCUCUGCCAUGGAGAAGCUGUUCCAGAAGAAAGCCCACCACCAGGGAGGAGGCCACCACCCAGCCUCCUCUCCCACAGCCUCUCCCUCUCUCUCCCACCGUGGCUCCAUCAUGGCCUCGCUCCCCCGUGGGGAACAGCUGUCCUCCGCCUCGGACCGCUCUGAGACGGUCGAUGAGUUGUUCCUGGGCUCACGCUCCGACCGCCAGGGGGAUGACGCCUCCUCCCUGUCCUCCUCCUCCAGCCCCCUGUCCCGUAAGAGCAGGAUCCCUCGCCCCGUUAACCUUCCUAACCCGGCCCCAGAGCAGGAGCGAGCUGCACAGUACCUACCACGCCCACCCCCGGGCAAACCACCCAGUCGCCCUGCAGUGGAGGGCAGGUAAUAUAACUCUUCAUUAUUAGUUUUUAUUACAUGUCUUUCCCAUCUAUCAAAGUAGCCUGGUCCCAGAUCUGUUUGUGCUGCCUUGCCAACUCCUAUGAUCAUUGUCAUGCCAAUGUUUGGAGUUGGCAAGGCAGCACAAACAGAUCUGGGACCAGGCUACUAUCAUUCAGCUGAAUUACUCUAAUUUUGCCUUAAUGAUCUCAAUUGACAAUGUAUAUCUAAAGUUCUAAACCCUUUCUUCAUAUUCCAUCCGCCACCCAAGGCUGAGGCGUUACCGAAUCCGAGCGGGCAGCACCAGCGACUCAGACCUCCUGACCUGCCUGGCCCAGCUGAUGCACCAUGGUCAUGGUGGUGGUUCUGUCCGCGGCUCCCCCCACCACGGCCGCUCCUCAGCCCAGCACGGAGGCUCCCGGAUGGGCAUGUGUAGCCUGACCAGCUCCCCCCACCACCAUCCCCACCGGACCUCCAGCGCCUCUCCACGCAGCUCCUCCUCUCUACAGCGCUCUGUCUCCUCCUCCCCCUCCCGCCACGAACACCGCGGGGGAGAGAGAGGAGGAGGGGUUUGUUUCGGUCGGUCCCGAUCCCCUCCUAGCUUCUCCGGGUCCCCCCCUCCUCCCCGGCGCUCCUACCCCCACCACCAGGAGACUUGCUGCGGCCGCCAGGCCCGCACCGGCCCCUUCCACCAACACGCCCCAAGGGGGAAAGUCUGCAGCCGCGAGGAGAGGGAGAGG